GUAAUCUCUCACAGCAGCGCCCAGCCCUGCAACCUCUGCACACCUUCCUCUCCCGCGCCUCAGUCAAGCUCCUCAAGACGCCCGUCGCCUCCCCCUUGGGCCCAGCAACGCACUGCCGAUGCCGCUGCUUGCCUUUCAGCGAGAAGAGAAGAUGGGGAGCGGGAACUCGUCAAGAGGAUCAAGAGGAUGAAGGCCACGCAACUGGUUGCCCUGCCUGCACGUGCUCUCAUC